UUACCCGAAUGAAACACAAUUAAACAUUGCACAAUAUUUUAAUCAAAAAUAUUUGGCAUUAAAUCUUGAACGUUCGACCAUUUCAAAGAUUUUAAAAAAAAAGGACAAAUGGUUAGCAAUUCCUGAUAAUGAAGCCAAUACGGCUGUUUUUCGUUAUAAAAAAGUGAAAUCUCUUUUAUUAGAUAAAGCCAUGCAGUUAUGGAUUGAGCAGGUUGUAGAUAAUCAAAUGUUUUUGAUGGAAGCAAUUAUUAAAGAAAAAGCAGAGUUUUUUGCCUGGGCAUUAGGCUUACCAGACGGUGUAUUAAAGUUUUCUAAUGG